CCCCUCCGCUCGCCGCUUCCCGCCUGUCCCUGCGGGGUCGCGCGCACGCGCUGCUGCCGUUGGGCGCUCUUAUCCCCCCCGCCCCGGGCCGUGCGCGCGCUCGCCAACGGUCGCAGGACCCUUGGCUUCUGUGAAACACUGAAAGUUAAGUGGAAUAAGUAGAUAACUCAGACCUUUGUUUGGAAUUUCUUCCACCAAGGAAGGAAACUUGUAGAAAAUGACACCUGGGAAAGUUUUGCAACCUGUAUUGAAAAUGAAGGUGGAUGAACUGUUUUUGUGCUGGUUCAGCCAGCCUGCGACUCAGCUGACGUUAAAGGACUGCUUGAGAAGAAUCAAGAAUGAGGAGAAAACUGAGAUCGGAAAUGGAGAUUCAGGAAACAGUAAAAAUGAGAGGUUUGCUGCUAAGAAUUCCGACUCCAAGCAAAGCAUAUUAGGAGAUAUCAGACUACCUUUGUCUUUCAGCCCUCCUCAACUUUCUACUACUCUUCCGUUGUCAACUUCAUCCAGCUCAAGGAACGUUUCUAAUGUUAAAGGAACACGUAGAUCAUCAGGAACCAGAGCAGUUCAGGCGAAGAAAGAAGAAACUUUGCCACCAUCGCUUAGUCAAACCAUUCCAACUUUCUAUUUUCCUCGAGGAUGUCCUAAGGAAAAAGUGAAUAUAGAUGCUGUGAUUGCCAAAAUUGAGAGAACUUUCUCUCAGUUUCCGAAUGAGAGGGCAACUUUAGACGACAUGGGGAAAGUUGCAAAGGCUUGUGAAUGCCCACUUUACUGGAAAGGUCCUCUGUUUUAUUGUGCUGGAGGAGAACGAACAGGAUACGUGUCAGUUCAUAAGUUUGUUGCAAUGUGGAGGAAAAUACUUCAGACCUGCUAUGAUGAUGCUGCAAAGUUUGUUCAUCUUCUAAUGAACCCUGGAUGCAACUACUUGGUGCAAGAAGACUUCAUUCCUUUUUUACAAGAUGUGGUGAAUAGUCAUCCUGGCCUAUCUUUUUUAAAAGAAGCAUCUGAGUUUCAUUCUCGAUACAUUACCACGGUUAUACAGAGAAUAUUUUAUACAGUAAAUAGGUCCUGGUCUGGAAAAAUAACUUGUAAUGAGCUCAGGAAAAGCAACUUUUUGCAGAAUGUGGCAUUAUUGGAAGAGGAAGCUGAUAUUAACCAGCUGACAGAGUACUUCUCAUAUGAACAUUUCUACGUUAUCUAUUGCAAAUUUUGGGAGCUGGAUACAGACCAUGACCUCUAUAUUGAUCGGAAGGAUUUAGCUCGACAUAAUGAUCAUGCAAUAUCAAGUAGAAUGAUAGAGAGGAUCUUCUCAGGAGCAGUAACAAGAGGUAGAAAAGCACAAAAAGAUGGAAAAAUAAGCUAUGCUGACUUUGUCUGGUUUUUGAUAUCUGAAGAAGACAAGAAGACACCAACUAGCAUUGAAUACUGGUUUCGCUGCAUGGAUCUUGAUGGGGAUGGUGUUUUGUCUAUGUAUGAAUUGGAGUAUUUUUAUGAAGAGCAGUGCCAAAAAUUAGAUAACAUGGCCAUAGAACCUUUGCCAUUUGAAGACUGUUUGUGCCAGAUGCUGGAUCUUGUGAAGCCACAAUAUGAAGGAAAAAUUACUCUGCAUGAUUUAAAGAGAUGCAAGUUGACAAAUGUGUUUUUUGAUACUUUUUUCAACAUUGAAAAAUACCUCGACCAUGAACAGAAAGAUCAAUUUUCUAUGUUGCGGGAUGGUGAAGGCGAAAGUCAAGAGUUGUCUGACUGGGAGAAGUAUGCUGCUGAAGAGUAUGAUAUCUUGGUAGCAGAAGAGGCAGCAAGUGACCAGUGGAAUGACGGGUAUGAAGCUGAACUGAAUCCUGUAGACCAUCAGAAGGCCAACGUCCUGAAGUAUCAAAUGGAAAAAAGACCAUUUUUUGAAAUGCCUUCCCAUCUGGCUGAUGUAGACUUGGAUGAAUAUGACUAUGAAGAGGACUUUGAGUAGCUGUUGCGGUCAACACUAGCAGAAGAGAAGGGACAGUCUGCAGCAGGUCUGCUACACACUACACGUUUCAGUGGGGUUUGUUUCCAGGAAGUCAGCUUAGUUUUGUGCUUAAAAAAUAUUUAAUCACUAGACUACCUUUUAAAGAAAUGCAUUUGUAUGGGAUGAUGAAACUUUUGUAUUUAUUCAAUAGUCUAUAGUUUUUAAAAUUGAUUAAAAUAUUUAUUUACAGAUGUUGCAUAAUUCCUUCUUGGAAAAAUAACAAUAUUUGACUUUAGAGAAGAGUAAUCUACUGUUUUUUAAGAGAACUGGUGUAAUUCUCUCUAAGUUGAGGUGUGGUGCACUGACUAUCUCCAUCCCAUAUGGAAAGAGGCAUUCCUGCCUUGCUAUGGGAGGUAAGGAGAUGACUUUUAUACCUGGCCGGCAAUGCUUAUGUGCUCACAGACAGCGCGAGGGUUUUGGUGCCUUGUUGAGGAGAUGUGACUGAGUGCGCAAUUCAGCCCUUACUUACAGAUGUUUUAUUGGACAAGCUGAGCAUAUUGGUGCAUAAGGAAAACUGAUGCCAAAACAAGUUAUUUCUCUUCUCUGUAUAGUCCUUGUUUGCCCCGACUUUAACUUUGCUUGGCCUUUUAAACUUCAGUGUUUUCAUUGAUGUUUAUUAUAAAAAGACUAUUUAAUAGUGGUCUGUUUUAGUGUCCAUACUUGAUCCAAAAUGAGUGUGUUUAAUUCUUGUAGAAGGAACCAAUUUUUUAAAAUCCUUUGUAUAAACGUUACUUGAUCAGUGAUGUGCACUAAUUUGUUGUGGGCAUUCAGUGCUUUUGUCUGUCCUCCCCUUCAGUUGUUUGCUAUUGACACAUUCCAUGGAUAUUCAUACAGUGUCACAGCAGCUUGAAAUUGUUGCCUCACUCUUACUGUUAAACAGAUUUUGUUGAAAAAAAUGUACAAAAAGAUGUAAGUUAUUUUGGUUGCAGUGUAGAUCUGUUUAAAAUGUUUAAAAAUCAUGUUUGUAUUUUGAAAUAAAGACUUUCAUACAUGUAAUUUAA